CGCGAGAGCGGCUACACGUUUCCGUGUUCUCCCGGCCUGGACGCCCCUGGUUUCCCACGCGCAGGCUGAGAAGGAGGCACCAUGGCGAUGCCCCAGCCUCGACGCGUCACCCACCUCAUCUUUGACAUGGACGGGCUACUUCUGGACACAGAGCGACUGUACUCGGUGGUGUUUCAGGAGCUGUGCGGCCGCUACGGGAAGACAUACAGCUGGGAGGUCAAGUCCCUGGUGAUGGGGAAGACGGCUCCAGAAGCCGCGCAGAUCAUCAUCGACACCCUGCAGCUGCCCAUGUCCAAGGAGGAGCUGGUAGAGGAGAGCCAGGCCAAGCUGGCAGAUCUGUUUCCCACGGCUGCCCUCAUGCCAGGGGCUGAGAAGCUGAUCAAGCACCUCCGAAAGCACAACAUCCCCUUUGGCCUGGCCACCAGCUCAGGCUGUGUGUCCUUUGAAAUUAAGACCAGAAGGCACAAAGAGUUCUUCGGGUUAUUCAACCACAUUGUGCUGGGAGAUGAUCCCGAGGUCAAGAGCGGGAAGCCGUCCCCAGACAUAUUCCUCUCCUGUGCACGGAGGUUCGAUCCCGCUCCUGCCCCAGACAUGUGCCUCGUCUUUGAAGAUGCCCCCAAUGGAGUGGAGGCAGCUCUGGCAGCUGGGAUGCAGGUUGUCAUGGUUCCUGAUGAAAACCUGAGUAGAGACUUAACAAGAAAGGCCACCAUGGUGCUGAGUUCCCUGGAGGAUUUCCAGCCUGAGCUGUUUGGUCUGCCUGCCUACGAGUGACAGGAGGCAGCCAUGGGGUGCUGCCAUGGGUCAUGUGGCAUCCCUGGGGGAACACAUGGUCCCUCGGGGCCACAUGGCAUCCUUGGAGGGGCCAAGUUCAGGGUCCAUGCCACUGAGGAGAAAGGGGAAGGCAAUGCAUAGCACCAGAUCGUGCCUGCUUAGACACUGCAGCCUUGUGAACAUAGCCAUCCCCACCUGGGUGGGCUUGGCCAUCUCUCAGGAGUGUGGUUGGGUCAGUAGUUAGCAAACAGAGACGGCCCAGGACACAGCUUGGGUACAGUAUGUAAUGAAGCGAUGUGGUCUGUGAAGGGAAUGAACAUGCACACAGACCACAGCAUUGUGUGACUACACGUGCACCAAUAUAUAUCCAUACAUAUAUAUAAAGUAUAUAUGUAAAUGCAUAAUGUUCCGGAGUGAAAUCAUAUUUGUGUUUAUUUCCUUAUAAUCUUUGUGAAUAAUGGCAUUUGGGAAAUGUAAACUCCAUACAUAGGUGUAUGACAUCAUAUAUGUACAUACGUAUAUCAUGCGCACACGUGUGUGUGUAAUAGAUCAUGUGUAUGAUACACCGCUCUAUCGCCUUCAGGGUGGACAUUAAUGUAAUACCAACUGAUGAUGAGUCUACUCUCUCCCCUUGCUGACCUUAAUGGUGGAUUAGCUUUGUGAUAGAUGAACAUCAAGAAAUAUCCUUCCUCUCCAGCCUCACCAUCAUCCCAGACACUCUCUGGCCUUGGACUCCGUGCCUGACUGAGCUCCAUCUCAAGGAGACCCCUCCAUUUCUGCGUAUGUCUGUAUAUCUUUUAUCUACACCCUCAUCCAUGUUGGGGUGUUUUCUACCUCAAGGGAAAAAAAUAAAAUCUGAUUUUCUUGA